CAGAACAGUGGAAGAAGUAGUACCAUGGCAGGGAAGCCUUUCAAGAAGACCUCUAUUCCUGGAGUGACCAUCAGGCAGCUCGUGGAUGAGAUUCCAGAAGGAUGCAGCACACCCGAUUUUGAGCGGAAGCCCAUCACCAUGGCUCUGCCAGAAGGGAAAAAUGCCAUCUUCCGGGCUAUGGUCUCUGGGGAGCCCAGACCUGAGGUGCAAUGGUACCGUACCAAGGGUGAUCUCAGUGACCCCAACAAGUAUAAAAUCUUCUCCCAACCAGGAGGCAAAGAACACGUGCUCCAGAUCAACAAGUUGACAGGAGAUGACACAGACACUUAUCGAUGCUUGGCUGUGAAUGAAUAUGGAGAAGCCAUGUGCUCAGCAGGGCUCACUGUCAUUGAAGUUGGAUUCCGGAAGAAUCGAAAGAGACACAAUGAGCCCCAGGAGGACCACAGGAAGGAGCUUAUGGACUUUCGGAAGAUCCUGAGGAAGCGGGCACCUCCUCCUCCACCAGAGAAGAAGAUGGACCCUGAGCAAGUGUGGCAAUUGCUGAUGAAUUCUGACCGGAAAGACUAUGAGCGGAUCUGCAUGAAAUAUGGGAUUGUUGAUUUCCGGGGGAUGCUUAGAAAGCUUCAGCAGAUGAAAAAGGAGCAUGAAAACAAGGUGUUGCAGUAUGUCAAUGCCAUCUCCAACCUGAGACACAUCAAAGUCACCAAGGAUGGACUUGCAACAUUUGACCUGGAACUUGAUCUCAAGGAUUUUGAAAGCAAAAUUUACUUGUACAAGGAUGGUGAGAUGAUUCGCUAUGGCUAUGGAAAUGAGACCAAGCACUGCUUGAGGCGUCUGGGAAAGCGCUACCAUUUUCACAUUCAGGACCUGCGACCGGAGGAUGCUGGCAUCUACCAGGUCAAGGUGGAGGAUGUGGAGGUGUUUUCCACUGAAUUGGAGGCAGAUGCCAUCCCUGCCAGGGUUGUGAAUCCUCUGGCUGAGACUCGAUGUGAGGUGCGGGAAGAUGCUGUGUUUGAGUGCACCCUCUCUAAUCCCUGCCCACGUGCCCUCUGGCAGUUUCAACACCGGCCCCUCCGGCCCAGUGACAAGUAUGAGGUGUCUGUGUCUCCUGAUGGCCUCACCCACCGGCUGGUGGUGAGAGGAGCCCGGCAUUCUGACAUGGGCCUUUACUCCCUCGGCACUGGCCUCCACUCUUCUAGUGCUUGGUUGGUGGUGGAAGGCGAGAAAGACAAAGGUUUCCUGCCUUCAAGAGAGGGAAAGACAGAUGAUGAUGGCAACAAUGGAAGAAAUAGGCUUCAAGCUGAAGAAUCCCAGUUUUCAGACAUAAAGGAUUCAGGGAAACUUAUAAAGGAAGUGAAACCAGGGGAUUGGAGUUACCUUGGGGGAUCUGUCAAGGAUGAUGGUCUUCCCCAUGGUCACAUCACAGGUGGUCCCAGAGGACAUAAUGAUUCCCCCAUGGACAAAGAAAGAAUUUCUGACCUAGCCUGGGAUCUGGAUAAGGAGAUGGAGAGUCAGAAGGGAUUUUACAGAGCAGAGGGACAAAGAGAUGACUCCAUUGAGGGAAAUUGGCUCUCUAGAGUUGGUGGUCAGGGGGAAAGCCUCCCAGGGAGUUACGGGGUACAGGGAGAUGGUUGGGAAAGUGGAAUGAUAGGACAACAGCAAGGGAGUGGCCCAGAUAAAGGUGAGGGCAGACAAUGGGAGGCAGGAGAGAGCUGGGAGUCAGGUUCUGGAGGUCUUCAGGGCAGAGGAUGGGGAGGCAACUUCGAAGGAAAGGAGGAUGGGGAAGACAUUGGAGGGAAGCUGGGAAAUUAUAGCCAGGGAAAGAUUGGGAAUACCCAGUGGGAGCUUGGGAUGGGAGAGAAGAACUUGUCUACUUCUCAGGCUGGUCUAGGAGGGUCUUGGAAAAAAGGAAAGAAACUGGGAAUGAGUUCAGAGGCUGAUGAUAAUUUGGAGUUGGAGGGGAGGGAUGACUCUAGCUCUAAAAGGGGACAUUCAUGGGGGAACAAGGACCAGGAGACUGGCCAAGGUGGUGACCAUCGUGGGGUUGGCGGUCGUGAGGCAUGGAAGUCUCCAGGUUGGGGUAAAGGCAAUGGAGACAAAUUAAGAGAUUUCCAGGCUCAGAGAUUGUCUUGUAGCAAGAAAUCUUUCCCAGGACAAAAGGAUUUGGGGGAGGAAGCUGAGGGGUCAGUAGGAGAAGCAGGUUAUGAGUCUAGCUCAGGGGAUCGAGAGCCUCUCCAGAAGGAAUCCCUUGUUAGGAGAACAGGAUUUAAAGCUGGUCCUUGGACCUCAGGAUUAAAUGGAGAUGAGGGACCUGGGGACAGUGCAGGGGGCUUGCAGGAACUUAAAGGAAGAGGAUUGGGUUCUAGGGAUAGUCAGGGGACAGCAAAGUCCCUGGUUAGGGGGCCACUGGGAGAAAGCUCCAAAGAAUUGGGGGGGAUGGGAACUGGUGUGAGGGCAGGAUAUAAGAAUGGCUUAGGAGUUUCUCAGGGAAUGGUGUUUGGAAAGGGUGACAGUUUCAGGAGUGACUCAAGGGGCUCAGGUUUAACAGGACUAGAGGAUAAAAUAGGACAUGGGGACAGAUCCAGAAACGAAGGGGCAAUGGGAUCUUGGGGAGAGAGUGGUUUGGGGGAUGGGAGAGGAAGCCCAGGGACAGUGGGUUCUAUUGGUGGAUUUGGUCCUGGAGUCCUUGGAACACCCGGGUCUAAAGGGGAAGGAUGUGUUGGAGAUGGGUCCGAAGGCUCAGGAGGAAGGAAGUCUUGGGAUGAGGAUGGUUAUGGUGAAGGAUCUGGACACUCAGAGGCUUUGAAAGCUUUGGGGAAAGCAGGUUAUGAUCAUGUUCUGAUGGUCCAGAAGCAAUGGAGCUUGCUUCAGGAGCAGGGUCUAGGGAGGGCUCAAUGGGACAAAAACCAUGGAGGCCGGGGGGGUGGCAGGAAUUGUGAGGAUGGGCUUAGAGGCCCUCGUGCUAAGGGUUCUGGGGUGGGAGCUAGUUCUUGGGGUGAUUCCAGGAGCUCCAAAGUGAUGUCAUCUGAAGAUAGAACUGGUCCAGAGAGCCUAGGACCUCAUGGGUCUGGACAGGGGGCAAGUGAUGGGGAUAGGUCAGGAAUUUCAGGACUUCUCGGGGCUGGAGGCAAAGAAGGGCAUGGUGAGGGGUUGGGAGGUUUCAUGGCUCAGGGCUCAAGCUAUGAAGGCAGUUAUAGAGAAAGCUUGGGAGAUCCUGGGAAAAUGGGGUUAGAGGGUGAGGCAGAUAAUAGAGGUGGUUUAAGGAGUCUUGGAGGAAAGGAGUCAAAUGUGGAAGCAGGUGAUAAGGGAAUUUUAGGGGGAUCUUGGGGAAUGGGAACAGGACCUCAGGGAGGUUAUAGAGAUCACAUAGGUGACCAUGGGAGAAUGGGGUUAUCAGGGAAGGGAAAUCAUGGAAAUGACUUCAAAGAUUCCAGGAGAAUACAGUCUGGUGAUGAGGGGAAUCAUGGUGGUGGCCCAGGGAGUUCUGGAGCAUUGGAGUCAUUGGAUAGACAAGGAUAUGGGGAUAAAUCCAGAGGCAAAGGGGAAGCAGAGCCUUGUCAGGGCAGGGGUUCAGGGCAGGCUGGGGAUGGAGCAGGUUAUAAAGAUGACUCAAAGGAAGGCAAAGUAAUGGGAUCCAUGAAUGGGGCAGGUUAUGGUUAUGGGAAUGGCCUUGGGAUUCCUGGAGGAAUGGGGCCUGGGGGUGGCACAGCAUAUAGGUUUGAGGUCUCUGGGCCGAGGGAAUCUUGGGAUGGGAAGGAUUUCCUUCCUGGUCAGUCAGGUUCUAGAGAUGGCUCUGGAGGCUCAGGGGAAUCUGUAGGAGGAUCAGGCACUGGUGGGUUGCAGGGUGGUCAAGGACUCCAGGGGUAUCCAGGAAAUGGAGAAUUUCUUGGCAGAGAGGGAUUGCCUGCAGAUAGAGCUGCUGAGCUUGGGAAAGAUGCCAGCCUUAGAGGAAGUUCUAGAGGGGAGCAUGGGGACAGAGCUGAUGGCCAAGGAGGACUGGAAUAUCAGGGAAAUGGGACAUCACUGGGUGGCCCAGGGAUAGGAAAAGGAUCAGGGAACUCAAAUAUUUUAGGUUGUGGUCAGCAUACACACUCCAGGCCAGGAGAAGAGAACAUCUAUACUAGAGCAGGUGGGCAAGGGACAGGGACAGAUGGCAAGAGGAACCUAGGGCCAGGCCAGAAUGGAGUAAGUGCCAAGUACCCAGGGUGUCAGGGUAGCCUUGAGGGAAAAGAUAGCCCCAUUAGUGGGAUCCAUGAUGUUCUGAAUGGAACAGGGGGUUAUGAUUCCCAUGAUUACAGGAAGUUUGUGCCAGGCCAAGCAGGAUCUUGGGGUGAGGCAGGAUCCCCGAAUGGCAGAGGGGACUCCUAUGGAGGUUCAAAGGACUCAGGUGUCCCGGGGGGAAAGAAUUCUAGUCAGUGGAGAGAUAAAUUGGCCAAUGGAGUUCAACCGUCUGGGAUGGAGAGAGCCCUGAAGGGACAAGAAGGAAGGAAAAGCUAUGGGGACAAGUCAGGGGGAAGCAGGGACUCAGAGUCUAUGUUGGGCAAAGGGGUAGGUUUGGAUGGCAAAAGUUCAGCAGGAGCCAGAGGGGAUCUGGAGUCUCUGGCUGGCAAAAAUGUUAGGCCUGAAGAGUCAGGGUCCCUGGAGAAUUAUGGGAGGAGAGACGGGGGAGGGACCUCCCCAUCCUUGGGAGGAAAGACUAGCACAGAUGGAUCAGAUGGGCAGAAGUCCCAGGUAUGGAAUGGGUCACAGACUGGGGUAGGAGCUAGGAGAGGAACUUCAGACAGAAGGAAGUCUGGGGAAGGAAGAGUCUGGGGAUCGAGAUAUGGAAGUGAGAAUGUAAGGCUCCCAGGAGGACCUCAGAAAGGAGACUGGAGCAGGGAUUCCAUGGGCCACAAGGGCGACAGGAAGGAUGGUUUGGACAGAAGUUCAACUUCUCAAAGGCCAAGAUACAGAAACAAGCAAGGCAUAGGCAAUUUCUCUGAGGAAGCCCGAGGAUCACCAGGUCACUUUGCCCAGGGGCUAGCUGACAUGGAAGCCAAGAAAGGGGAAGAAGCUGUGCUUUCUUGUACCCUGACCAGCGACCUGGUACCUGGUGCCUGGUUCAAGGAUGGAGUUAAGCUCACUGCCCAAGAUGGGGUCAUCUUUGAGCAAGACGGCCCCAAUUACAGACUUCGAAUACCCCAAGUACAGGAGGCCCAGGCUGGAAAAUACAUGUUUGUAGCAGGGGAUCACACAACUGAGGCCACUCUGACCAUCAGAGAUCCCCCAACCAUUGCCCAGGAUAUGCUGGAGAAACUGAAGGAACCUUUGGUGGUCAAAGCAGGGAAGCCUGUCUCGGUGAAGAUCCUGUUUUCAGGAGGGCCCCCUGUUCAAGCGGCCUGGAGGAAAGAUGGGGCAGAAGUGGAGGAAGGCGACAAAGGAGCCCAGCUGGACCAGGGGAAUAGCUUCAUCCGCCUGUGCCUCCCCAGCACUAGUCGCAAGGACAGUGGGCAGUACAGCGUGAAACUGAGGAAUGCAGAAGGUUCAGUGGAGGCUCAACUUACCCUGGAGGUCCUAGACAAGCCUCAGCACCCACAGGGCCCUCUGAAAGUCCAGUACUGUCGGGGGGAGGGCAUCAACCUGAGCUGGCAGCCUCCGAGGGAUGAUGGGGGCCGGGCUGUGCUGACCUAUGUAGUAGAAAGGCAACAGGCUGGGAGGACCACCUGGCUGAAGCUUGGAGAGACCCCUGGAAAUGUCACCACCUUCUCUGAUACCCGAAUGGAGCAAGGAAAGAAAUACACCUUCCGAGUGCGGGCUGUGACCUCGGAGGGUUCAGGAGAGGCAUUAGUGUCAGAGGAGCUGCUGGUGGCUUCUGAAGCUCGUCCUAGACCCCCUCCAGCUCCAACCAUUACAUCUGCUACAAGACAGGGUAUCACCUUGACAUGGACAGCACCCCGGGGCCCAGGGAGUACUCACCUCCUAGGCUACAUGAUUGAGAAGAGGAAAAAAGGAAGCAACAUCUGGACAGCUGUCAAUGAUAAGCCUAUUUCUGAGAGGAAAUGGACAGUAACAGACAUGCUGCUGGGCUGUCAAUACGAGUUCCGAGUGACUGCUGUGGGGGCCUCUGGUCCUGGGGAGCCUGGCCCCCCAUCAGAUGCUGUUUUUGCUCGAGACCCCAUGAGACCCCCUGGCCCGGUUCGAGAUCUCCAAGUGACUGACACAUCCCACACCAGCAUCACGUUGAGCUGGGCCAGACCAGACCCCCAGAGUGGGGAUGAAGUCCAGGGUUAUGUGGUGGAAGUGAGGAGCUCAAACAGCCUCCAGUGGAAUCAGUGCCACACGGGCACUGUGACUAGCACCACCUACACUGUCAAGGGGCUACAGCCACAGGAAGCCUACUUCCUGAGGGUAACAGCUGUCAAUGAUGGGGGUCAGGGCCAGCCCACGGCUCUGGACACCUGCAUCCAGGCCACGCCUGCAUCUGUUUUUCCCAAGUUCCUCAUGGAUACCACCGCCACAGACUGUGUGACUGUUAGGGCUAGAGACACCAUUCGAGUUCCUGUUUCCUUUGAGGCUUCCCCCAUGCCAGAGGUGAUUUGGCUGAAAGAUGGGCUGCCCCUGUCCAAGAGGACGGUCACCACCAUCAAAGAUGGCCUCACUCAGCUUUUCAUUCCCAUGGCCAGCCUCUCAGAUGGUGGUCUCUACACCGUGAUGCUGAAGAACCUACAGGGGAAAGAGGUGACCUACAGCUUUCUCAUUCGAGUGUCAGCAUCUCCUGCUGCCCCAGGGCCCAUCCGGCUGGAGGAGAAUGUCCCUGGGACAGUGACAGCAGUGUGGGAGCCAUCUCCAGAUGAUGGUCAAGGGGGCUUGCUCUAUUACACUGUGCUAACACGCUCCUCAGCCCAUAUCACCUGGCAGGAGGCAGGGGACCGAAUCUACACCAAUCGUUUCACUCUUGCUGGUAUCCUCCCUGGCCAUCAGUACUACUUCCGAGUUGUGGCUAAGAAUGAGCUGGGGGCCAGUGAGCCCUCAGACACCACGGAGCCCUGGAGUGUCCCCCAGCAACGAGAUAAGUUCACGGUGAAGAUGCCCAACUUCAAGGAGCCAAACCUGAGCCAGAAGCCAUAUUUCCUAGUCAAUCUUCGGACCCACCUGUUGCCCCAGGGCUGUGAAUGCUGCAUGAGCUGUGCCGUGAAGGGAGAACCUAGACCUAGAGUCAGCUGGUUCAAAGAUGAUAAAAGCCUGGAAGGCAAUCCCAAUGUGUAUAGUACAGAUGUCAUGGGCGUCUGCUCCCUGGUCAUCCCCAGUGUCACUCCCAAGGACAGUGGCCAGUACAAGGCUGUGGCUGAGAACAGUCUGGGCCAGGCAGUCAGCAAAGCCACCCUCAUUGUUACAGAAUCCUGCUUCUAGGGUGGCCAGCACCAUGAUAGCCCUGCCCAUCCCGGUGAUGCAAAGAAAGGAAAUUCUCCCAAGAACUGGGUACUCCCCAUCAUCCUGAAUCCUUCUGGCUACCACGGGACCCCUGGGAUCUGUGGGGUGGGGAGCUCAUAGUAGGCUCCAUUGAGAUACAUAGGCAGAGCAAUAGGGAACUUCCUGGGGGAUUCUCAGUCCAGCCCGGCCAUCAGGAGGGGGCCAUAUAAGUUUUAUAGAUGAACACUUGUGACACCAACCUUCCUCACAUCGAAGAGCCACCUGCUAUCUUGCCAGGGCAGCAGACUCUCCCUACCCUUUUGCUUCAGUAUUUCUUCUUCAUCCUUUGGCGAAGUUUUGUUUUCCCAGCUGACUCACUCAGCCAGGAACAGCAAGAGCUGUGGUUGGGUGCAAGAGGAAACCAUGGGCCAAUGGACAGGGAGGAUU